UUAAAAGGGGUGUCUUAGGGUAAAAUAAACAACUAUUACAAAACUUGAUUCAUAAACUGUAAUCUAUUUCAAUAAGAAAAAUAUACAUAAAUAUAAAUACAUCUUUUAUUUAACAAACAUCAGAAUAUUUAACUCUAUACUUUCGGUUGUUUGUUAGAAAAUAAUUUUGGUGUCGUGCAAAUAUGAAAGGACCUUUCCGAUUAAUGAAGUUCUUUUCGCCGAAAAGAUAACCGGAUGUAAGCCCUCACCGAAAAUGGCGCUUUCUUACGGUAAACGAAUGUUGAAGGAAGCCCUUGCAAAGCAAAUAAGUUUCAAGAGAAGGAAAAGACAAUCUCCAGAUGCAGACGCUGAAUUCUUCUGUAACGCAGGGUUUGACAGGGAAGAUUUUGAGGUCAAAUAUAUAUCUGAUUACAAAGGAUUUGGAGUGUUCUCAAAAACACCUUUUGAAAAAGGUGAUUUUUUAUUAGAAUAUGCUGGAGAGAGAAUAAGCAUUGAGGAAGCUGAAGUACGAGAGAGAAAAAAUCCAGCAAACAUGAUGUUUUAUUUCUCUUACAACGGAAAACGACAAUGCAUCGAUGCCAGUGGAGAAUGUAGCCACAUUUGCCAGUAUGUUAAUGAUAACCAUAAUGGAAACUCGGUGAUGAAACUAAGGGUCAUUAAUAAAGUUGCAAGAUUGUGUCUCUUUGCCAAGAAGGACAUUAAUUAUGGAGAGGAAAUAUUGUAUGAUUAUGGGGACAAACAAAGCUUGUGGUGGAGAAAGAAGAAUACUGACUUGGAAGAUCAAUAUUGUUAUGAUUCAGAUUCAGACCCAUUUGAUGUGAACAAAGAAUCUGAAGUGUCAGAUAGUGAAAGUGAUACAUGGGAAGACAAGGAACAUAGUUUUAAAGAUACAUGUAACAUGGAUCAGAUUGGAUCACUAGAGUUAGAUAAUGAAGAGUCCUGCUCCACACCUAUUUUGGAAAUCAACAAGGAACAUAGUUUUAAAGAUACAUGUAACAUGGAUCAGAUUGGAUCACUAGAGUUAGAUAAUGAAGAGUCCUGCUCCACACCUAUUUUGGAAAUCAACAAGGAACAUAGUUUUAAAGAUACAUGUAACAUGGAUCAGAUUGGAUCACUAGAGUUAGAUAAUGAAGAGUCCUGCUCCACACCUAUUUUGGAAAUCAACAAGGAACAUAGUUUUAAAGAUACAUGUAACAUGGAUCAGAUUGGAUCACUAGAGUUAGAUAAUGAAGAGUCCUGCUCCACAUCUAUUUUGGAAAUCAACAAGGAACAUAGUUUUAAAGAUACAUGUAACAUGGAUCAGAUUGGAUCACUAGAGUUAGAUAAUGAAGAGUCCUGCUCCACACCUAUUUUGGAAAUCAACAAGGAACAUAGUUUUAAAGAUACAUGUAACAUGGAUCAGAUUGGAUCACUAGAGUUAGAUAAUGAAGAGUCCUGCUCCACACCUAUUUUGGAAAUCAACAAGGAACAUAGUUUUAAAGAUACAUGUAACAUGGAUCAGAUUGGAUCACUAGAGUUAGAUAAUGAAGAGUCCUGCUCCACACCUAUUUUGGAAAUCAACAAGGAACAUAGUUUUAAAGAUACAUGUAACAUGGAUCAGAUUGGAUCACUAGAGUUAGAUAAUGAAGACUCCUGCUCAACAACUAUUUCGGAAAUCAUUCCACUACAACAACAGUGUGCUGCAGUACCAGUCAUUCAAGAGACUGAAUAUAACAGGAAAGUAUCAGACAAGCAGACUCAUUCAAAGAAAAAGGUUUGGAAAAAGAAGCCUGAUAGAUUCUGCAAGUUUUGUCAUCAGAUUGUUAAAGGUGGAAAACUGAAACGCCAUAUUGAAAGGAAACACAAGACAGACAUAGGGCAAAUAUUAGCUAACUCACCAUCUGUGAAGAAGGAGUACUUUGAUCAAAUAAGGCGGGAUGGAAUUCAUGAGUAUAAUGUUAAACAAAUGGAAAAAAGCCUAGAACCAUCAAUGAGAGAAAGAAUCCCUGUGAAAAAAGAUAGUCUCAGACUCUGUGAGGAUUGUAAGGGUUAUUAUUCAAAUAAGUAUUUUUUUAAACAUAAAUGUCUUGCCCUUAAGCCUACUCCAAUGAAACCUAGUUUGAUGUUAUCAACAAAUGAUGCAGAAAUAAAGAAAGAUACAGAGUUCCAGGCAAUACUGAAUAGGUUUCAUGAUGACUUUGUUGGAAAUUUGUGCAGAACAAAUGACAUAAUUAUAAUGAUUGGUUACAGACACUUCAAUUUAAGAAGACACGAGAAUGGUAAGGAAGAUGAAGUUAGGAAGGUGGUUAUGUCUGAAAUGCGCUCUUUGGCAAGGCUGUAUUCAGAAUUUGAAAUGCAUUGUACAGGAAAAACUGUGGAAGAUAUGCUGUCAAGAACUCAUUUAGAAGAUUUGUGUGAAGCAGUUAACACUUUGACAAAAAGAGAAAACAACUCUGAGAAACAUGGUCUGAAACUUCAUUUAGAUGCAGUGAUAUUAAGAUCAGUCAAGGCACUGAAAGGUUAUUAUGCUUCUAAAGAACAAGAUGACAAAAAAAAAGAGUUAAAGCAUUUCAAAGAUGCAUAUGAAUAUAAGUCAAAAAUUCUUUACCCCAAAGCUAGACAGAUGUGUAUCAACAACUCAUUCGAAAAGGCAAGGAAACCAGCCAACCUGCCAGAUGAAAUGGAGUUGAGAAAAUUAAAGAACUUUAUAGAAAAAGAAAUAGUGGAGAUAACGCAAAACUUCCAUAUUAAAGAUUAUGCUUAUCUCAGAACACUUGUUGUCUCAAGAUUAACUCUUUUCAAUGCAAGAAGAGGAGAAGAAGCAUCCAGGAUGCUUUUGUCUGAAUGGGAUGAUGCUAUGAAGUCGACAUGGCUUCCAGAGGAGCAGGUUGAACAAAUUGAUGACGAGGCUGUGAAAUAUUUAGUAGGGCAAUUUAAACUCUGUUACCUCCAAGGAAAGGGCAAGAAAUUUGCCCCUGUUCUUGUUCCAAAUGACAUUGUUAAAGCAAUUGAUAUUUUGGUGAAAGAAAGAUACAGUUUUGGAAUAUCAAACAGCAACAAACAUGUUUUUGCUACGAAAGAAAGAAGUGGAACUACAUCUCACUGUUCAGGCUGGCAUGCCCUUAGAGAAGUUUGCAAAAAAGCAGAUGUUGCUGUUUUUGUUACUGCAACUAAAAUGAGACACAGACUGUCCACUGUUUAUGCUAGCCUUGACAUGUCAGUUGCCGACCAAAAGAUAUUUUUGGAACAUAUGGGCCAUGAAAAAGACAUCAACAAAGAUAAUUAUCAAUGCCCACAAGGAAUCCGAACAGUUAAAGUUAUGGGGAAAAUGCUUAAAAGUAUUGACAAAGGUGACAUCUGUACCCAUUAUAACAAGAAGUUGGUAGAACCAGUAGAGUUGUCGAGAAGCCAAAAGUACACUGUUUCAAAAGAUCCUAGAAAUACUGAAAAAGCAGAUCUGUCCUGUGAGGAUGAACAAACAGAAGAUGGGCGUGAAAAUUCGAUGAAAGAUGAUGGACAUUUUCAAGUGAAAGAUGCUGAGCCAGUGAUAGAUGCGGAGCCAAAAAAAUCGGGGCAUCAAGUCAAGUGGACUAAGAAAGAUACUGCUUUACUCAAGGACUUUUUUGGGUCAUGCAUUUUCAGUAGGGACGUAAACAAUAAGGGGCAGUUACCAAGUAAGGAGCAGAUUAAAGAUUUUAUCAACAAGUAUAGGCCAGAAUCGCUGUCUGACCUACCAUUUCAAGAACAAUACCUGAAAACACGUGCAAAACUUUUUAAUGAAAGAAAAACUGUUAGGUUAACAAUACAGAAAAAAAUAAAAAAUAUUACAUGUUCUAAGUAAAAACCUUGUCACGUAUG